CAUCCUCGAUGACUCAGAGCUGCUUGUACUCGACAGUCAACGCGCAGGGUAAAAUACCCACACGUUCUCGGCUAACAACACUCCGAAUCGGCAGAUUUCUUCAGUCAACCCUCGGCGCACUCGGAACAAGUUACAGAACAAGACGAAAAUGCCUCUCUGGAGACACUCAGCUCGUUGAUUUAAGCCGGCGUUUAAAUUAGCUUAAAAGAACUUCUUAAUUUGCCCUGCCGACUGUUUGCUACAUUAGCUUACCAAGCUAAUUAGCUAGCUCUUAGCUGUCUGCUAUUAGCCAGCAGUCCGAAUAAACUGUGAAGGGCAGUUUCUCAGUGACAGCUUCGCUGUUUCCUUCCUGGCAUCAAAACUAAAAGAGAAGAAAAGAUGGUGCAGCCACAGCCGGACGGCCCCAUGCAGUGGGACAUGUCUGGAGAUGACAGCGGAGGGACGCUCAGGGUCCCACCAGAGCUCGCUGGCAAUGAAGUGGUGACCAGACUGUUGGGCGACAACCAGCAGCUCCGAGAGGCUCUGCGGAGGAGCAACCAGGCCCUGCGUCAGCGCUGCGAAGAGAUGGAGGGAUGGCAGCGGCGGACCAGGGAGGAACGCGAAUUCCUCAGCUGUCGUUUCCAGGAGGCCCGGGCGCUGGUGGAGAGGCUGGCGCAGGAGAACCACUCUUUGCAGAGCAUGGUGAACGGACCAGGCUCGUCGUCCAACCACAGCUACAGCUCAGCCCAAAUGGAGGCGUCACCGGGGCUUCCUGCCCGGAACGGCCCGCUGGAUGAACCAAAGACUUUAGACCAAUGGGAGAGGAAAAGAGUUGAAGAAACGGAGCAGCACACACAAACCACACCACUUCGCAGCCUGCCUGCAGAGGGUGCAAAUGAGUUCCUGCAGCUGCUCAAGAGCCACAAAGAAAAAACAGAGGAAGAGAUGAGAGAGAUGAGAAGGAAAAAUGAAGAGUUAAAGAGGGAACGGGACGAGGGGAAAGAAGUGUUGGAGCGACAGCAUCGAUGCAUUGAACACCUGCGGGCUAAACUGUUCCAUACACAGAUGAGCAGCAAUGAGGAAGCUGUUCAGCUUCGCUCUGAGGCUCAGCACACCUCUGACUGCUCUAGUCUGGCUAAACUCACAGAGCAGCUUCAGGCCACACAGGGCAGGUAUCGGGAGCUGGAGGAGAAACUGGAUUAUCUGCAGAAGAGCUCCGCUCAACGGGACAGAACUGAAGCUUUGCUCAAACAAAAGGACAAGGAUUGUGCCCAGUUGGCCAAGGACUGUGAGGCUCUGAAAGCCCAGGCGACGUCGCUGUUAGGCGAGCUGAACGAGAGGCAGAUCCUCCUGCAGAAGAGCGACGAUGAGCGCAAAAUGCUGGAGGAGAAGCUGGUCAGCAAGGUAAAGGCCCUGCAGGCGGUGGAGCGGGAGCUGGAGCAGCAGAGGAAGCAGCAUCAUGUGGCCAAUGACAAGCUGCUGCUGCAGGUGCAGAGCCUGGAGAACGCGCUGAAGUCGGAGAGGCACGUGGUCACAGAGGAGAAGAAAAAGCUGUCACAGUUGCAGCACGCCUACACAUGUCUGUUCAGAGACUAUGAUUCCAAACUGAAGAGUGAGGGAGGAGACCUCAGCAGUAAGCUGGAGGAGGCGGAGCGGGCGCUGGCCAUCAAGCAGGACUUGAUCGAUAAACUCAAGGAGGAAGUGGAGCAGCAGAAAGGCUCGCUGGAAACCGUCCCUGUUCUCACAGCACAGGCUGAGAUCUACAAGGCAGAUUUCCUGGCAGAACGAGAAGCGAGAGAGAAGCUGAACCAGAAGAAGGAGGAGCUGCAGGAACAGUUCACUCAGGCUCUGGCUGAGAUCGAGCGGUUGAAGCACGAGCUCACAGCACGUGCACGUUUGGAGCAAAUGAAGCUGAAACACAUGGAUGAUUUUCCUGCACGGCCCUCUCACAUUCCCCCUCAGCAAGUUGUUGGGUUUCCUGGUGCUGGCUUCAACACAGUGCCACCGAACCGGAACCACGUUUUGGCACCGGUCAUCGACCCUGCUGCAGCAGCAGCUGCAGACCUGCCUGAUUUAUGCUGUCCAAAGUGCAACUACCUGGCUCCAGAUAUGGACACCCUGCAGAUACACGUCAUGGACUGUAUACAAUAAUACAGUGGGCAAGCGCAGUUCAAUGUGCCACAAUGCCAACACACACACACGUAGUAUAUUUACUGGUCAUCCAGAAAGUAUUCACAUCCCUUCAUUUUUAAAAAAUGUUAUGUGGCAGACCAACUCUAAAACCCACAUAGGUAAGGUUUUGUAUGUUCUAUAGCUAGACAACAUGUUUUCAGAUACAUUUUAUAAUUAUUUUAAAUUUACAAAUAAUAGUUACAUUAGUAUUUGCAUCCCUUCAUAUGGCAGUCAAAACUGAGUGUCUCAUUAUUGGUGAGUUUUUUUCAACGACAUUGGAGUUCCCCUGUGCUAAGUUCAUAAGAUUGAACAUGAUUUGGAAUGGAACUCAUUUGGCUGCAGAAACCAAGCAAUAAACUCAGAGGAAUUAUCUGUAGACCUUUGGAAGUGAAUUCUGUGAAAGCAAAAAAAAAAAAAUUGAGAAAGAACACAAAGCAUUUUAAGGGUCACCGCAUAUCUGUUAUUUGGACAUGGUCAACAUUUUACCCCCAAAAUUUACCCGAAAACAACAUUUAAAGAGACAUGCUCAAGACAACUGGAGGCUAGAACUGCUGUCAAAAGGGCUUCAACAAAAUAUCAAACAAUGGCUGUGAAAACUUAUGUUUCUGUAAAUUUAGAAAAAUUACCAAAUAUCUGUAAAAAAGAGGGUGGGGGGGGAAUACUUUCAGGAUCCAUUGUACUUUCUGUGUCCAGCUAUGGGUGAAACAUAUUUGGUUAUUGCACCUUAUUUACUUUCUAUCAUACAAGGACAAAUAGAAAGACCUAAGGCUUUUUUGGAUCCUGAAGUAAAAACCCUAAUAUAUUAGAAUAAGGAAAAAGUAUGUGGAGGCAAAUAAAAGGUCAUAUGAUAAAUUUGAAGAUUUUAUUGUACUCCUCUCCUGCUUCCUGGAUUCCGUUUCUUUUGGCACCUUCCAGUCUUUUCCUCUUGGUUUCUUUUUUUUUGCCAAUACCUGGCCUUUUGUUUCCUUUUACCCCUCCCUGUCCAUUCCCUUGCUGUUUCUUUUUGUUGUUGUUGUUUUUCUUUACAUGAUUCAACUUUCCCUUUUCCAACAUUUUGUCUCUUGUGCAAAUGAACAGUAAACAUGUUAUGAAGUACAUAUGUAUACUUUGACAUCAUCCUCCAACAGUAUUCAUUGGACCUAAUACUAAAAAUGUGACAAUUUUUUUAAAAAGAAGAAAAUGCAUGUGGAUUUACCUGAUAAGCUUUAAGGGAUAACGAAUAUUCAAAUGUUUUGGUUGUAAAAAGUAGCUUUUUGCAUCAACUCAAAACAUGUAUUAUUAUGUAGUAGAGAUGGAUUUACUCUUGUUGGAAAGAAAAGUAGCCAUUCUCUGUUCUGUGCCUGUGUUGACUGUGCCGCUGCUUUUAUCUCUGAUGCUAAACCUGACCUUUAACCCGUCAGAACUCUUGCUGUGCCCCUUAUCUUGUCUUAUCUUUUAUCUUUUGACGCCUGCUAUUUAUCAGUAUGAAUGUAAGCACAUUAAACUUUUGAGUAUUGUGAGGAUAUUCUUUGUAAUUGUAAUUUGUUGCAAGGAUUCGCGAAAUAAAUCAUUUAUUCAAUUGUC